AUGGUGACUAUGCAACAAGAAGCGGCGGCAUCGAAAAUGAAGGAAGAGAAUAAAGCGAUCAGGGAUGAGGCAAAGGCCGAUUUAAGUGCGAUUGAGUAUCUAACAUCUUUUACGAAUGUUUAUCGCCAAAAUCUUCUGCAAUCUUGGUACAACGCUCUCAGAGAAGAUGUUCCUCACACCCUUGGUUGCAAUCCGAUAUUAACUCUCAGCAAUCAAAUGGAGAUAACAAGUUGGCAUAUGAAUGGUUUGCCAAGGGAUACCCUAUCUAUUGAGAAUGCAGUCCUCGUAAUGAAUUCCAAGCGAUGGCCCCUCUUCAUUGAUCCUCAAGCACAAGCAAACAAGUGGAAUCGCAAUAUGAUGAAGGUGGAGACCGCUGAACUUACACAAGCUGACAUUGAUUUAACGAGAUCAUUAUACAUGCCCGUAGCAAAUCGGGCACAAAUAUUAUACUUUUGUAUUGCCGAUCUCCAGCGUAUUGAUAUCAUGUAUCAAUAUUCCCUAGAAUGGUUCAUCGUUAUACUCAAUAAUAGUAUAUCAAAUACUGAAAAAAGCAGAGCCAAUAUGUUACAUGCAUAUUUAACACAAGUCACAGAAAUGCACGAGUUUCUGCAACCAGAUCACCUGAAAGCUCUGUCAUUCAAGCGGCUUAUAUUCUCACUUUGCAUGUUUCACUCAAUCCUGAUCGAGAGACGGAAAUUUGGUCCCCUCGGUUUCAAUAUAUCCUACGAUUUCACAAACGGGGAUUUAGCUGUAUGCUUGUCGCAAUUGUAUAUGUUCCUCAUGGAAUACGAUACUUUGCCAUUUAAGGUUUUCAUAUAUACUGCUGGGCAUAUUAACUAUGGUAGACAAAUAACAAAUUAUAAUUGGGAUCAUCGAUGUGUCUUAACACUUCUCGAAGACUAUUACAAUGCUAAUGUUGUCUCAAGAUUACCAGUUUAA